AUGGCUUCCACUACCGAGGGCGGCAAUCCAGGACAUAGGAUGAAACGGACUGGACGGGCUCCUUGGAGGAGGAGCACCUUUGGAGGGUUAUCGUCAUCAUCACCGCCGGUGGGGGAUAAGAUGAAGAGCCAGCCGGGCCAGGGAGACGAUGUGCCAAUUCCAAUGGUUGUCAGCGACAUCCUCCCACCAGCUGCGAGCUAUCAAGGUGCGCCGCCAAUCGAGACACCCGUGCCUCUACCCGUACCUAUGCGCAUGCCACCUUCGACGACGACGACGACGACGACGGCUGCAGCACCUGGGUUGGCGGCGAAACAAAAUACAUUGGCGGCGAACAAGAAUAUAGUGCAAGCGCAGAAGGACUGGGAGAAGAAGCAGACAAAGGUGGAAGAUCAAGGUCCUACCCAAGAACGACGUCCCCAGACGCAUGGGGAUUUGCCAAACGCAUCAACAAGGCGUGAAUCGACAGAAAUAUCCGAGGCAUCACCUCAAAGCCAAUUGAAAUCAGAGAUAGAUGCAAUGGCUGGCCUGAAGCGCUUGCCAGAAGAGGCUCUGCUGCAGCAGAUGACGGAGUUGAAUAGGCCUGCGAGUGUUAAUCCGAGAAGGCGAGAGUCAAGACCUAGUACGGCUUCCUCUUCUGCAUCUGCAUCCACAUAUGCGUCUGCGUCUAUGUCUGCGUCUCCUGUCCCUUCCGACCCAGGAGAUGCCAUGGAUACUGGGGACGUUGAGGCUGCCCGAACCGGCCUCCAGACUAACGCGGACAAUGCAUCAUAUUAUACUUAUAUAGAGGAUGACGGAACCGAACAGAGCACGAACAACGCACCAAUUCCACCCGGCAAGGAACGAUAUGACGAUGGCGAAAACAGCGAGAACGGCGGUAAAAAGCCCUUUGUGUGCCCCGUACGGGAUUGCAGAGUUCUUUCCCAAAAUAUGAGGGCUCUGUCAUCACACUUUCACGGAAAGCAUAACCGCUCCUUGUUUAAUGACAAUGGCGAUGGCACAUUCUCCAAGGUUGGCGACUACGUGAACGAAGACGGCAGUUCUCCAGGUAUCAUCGUGUCUCUCAACCCCCUGUCGCCGGGAGCGCCACCACCUGCGGUUCCAGACUACACGGAGAACCGGAAGAAGCUGCUCAGCCUGCUCAGUAAGAGGAGCUUCUCAACGAGCAGAGUGAGCGUCGGAGGAAGCGCUCCGCCAGACACGUCGAAACGCUCCUUGCGCGGCGAGUCAAGCAACGAAACCAUGGAAGAGAGACUGGCGAAGCGGCCCAAAACCACGCCAGUCCCUUUGCCUGUUCAGGCCACUUCCUUUGUUUCGCCGCCGCCGAUAGAGCAGGCAGAACCAUCGCCUCCUUCAAUACCACCUCCUCCUAUACAGUCCUCGGAGUCGCCGCCCAUGACCGAUGUUCUUCGGUACUUGCAUAGGAGCCUCUCACCUAGCCAGCAAAUCCCUGCUCGGCUGGACGUAUUGGCAUUAUCCAAAUACAAGCAGGUUCGCAAUUUGCCGGGUUUAUGGUGGGAGCAUCAUCACAAUAAGACGCUUGAUCCCCUCCAAUAUGCCUGUACUCUUGCAUAUCUCGUGGGUAAGGCGGAGGAGAUGAAUCCCUGUGACAGGUGGAAAGGAUUGUCACGACUGAGCACUCCCUGCGUGGGUUUGCCCCCGGAUCUACCAGCCGAGGCGCGGGCUGUAUUCAGUAAGUCGGUGACGUGCAUUGCGUGUCAGUAUCAAUUUUGCUGUUACCGGACUAAAAACGAAUGCGAAUGGGCCAACCAGGAUCAGGAUCUUGAAGGCAACACGGAGGAGGUGGUGCCCCAGCAAAACCAUCAAACAGCAGUGGAAGAGGUUGAUAAGGCAGUAGUAUUGGAUGACGAGGAGAUGACCGACGGUGUAGGUACCAAGGUUGAUGAUCAUGCUGCUAUGCCACAGGUGAUGAGACAAAGCAGCAGGCUGUCUUCGUCGAUUAAACCUCCUGAGCAAUACCCCAUUCAAGAUUCUGAGAAGAAGAGUCCCCCACUAGGAACAACUAUCCCGUCAAACUCAACAGCUGUUCACAAGCCAUCAACUGCUGAGGUGACUGAGAUGGAAGAGAUGGAAGACUGGGAGAUAGCCCCCGGUACUAUGAAGGAUGAGACAACGAAUACCAAUGUUGGCUUUUCUAACGCUUACAUGUCUAAUCAACAUCCUAUCACGAUAGCGCCAGGUCUUAGCUUCAAUGUUCUCAUUUUGAAACCGGGGCACACGCAUCACUGGCCCAUCGAAGCGACCAAGGUGCGCACAUGUUCGGUGGCCUCGGGCAAGAUUAGCGUCAAGAUGGGAAACGACCAGGUCUUCAAACUCGGGCCGAACGGUCUAGUCGUCAUACGGCCUGGUCAGAGUUGUAUGGUGGUAAAUCGGCUUUACUCGGAUGCGAUACUUCACUGCACGACUCUUGAUGAUUUGUAG